AUGAUCGCUCUAUAUGCUCCCGAGGACGUCGAUCCACGGACUGUGGCGCCUUUGAAGUAUAAAUUCCUGGCCGCUGUCCCCAGCUACGUUGAGCGUGGGGAGGGCACCCUCAGCUUCCGCCUGCUGAAUCUGCGCCAGCCGCAGCGCUUCUACUUCCUGCGCGACGGCCUAGCCCUCCCGGUGUUUGCGGCGCAUUCGCGGGCCGUAGCCCCCCUGGACCCUGGGGAGCCCACCCAGGUCCACCUCGCGCUGACUGGGCGGCCAUCGGAGGUCAAGGUCCUGUGGGUCAGCGGGCCGGUGGACCGGCCGCUCAUUCGCUGGGGCGCCGACCCCCAGUAUCUCGACCGGGAGGCCCCCGCCGACUCCACCACCUACACCAGGGAGGCCAUGUGCGGGGCGCCCGCCAACAGCACAGGCUGGCUAGACCCCGGCGCACUGCACAGCGUGGUUCUUGGGGACCUGGCCCCCGGCCGCCGCUACUUCUACACCGUGGGCAGCCGGGGUGGCGCCUGGAGCGAGGUGGCGUCCUUCCUGGGACCCCCCGGGCCCGAUGCUGAGGUACACAUCCUGGCCAUGGCCGACCUGGGUCAAACCGAGGUCGACGGCAGCGUGGAGGUGGACGCCAUCGCCCCCGCCUCCCUGCUCACCUCCCUGCGGCUGGCGCAGGAGGCCGCCGGCGCCACGCUGAUGGUCCUGAACGGCGACCUGAGCUACGCCCGGGGGUACGCGGUGCAGUGGGAGACCUUCUUCGACCAGCUGGCCCCCAUGCUGCGCGCGCUGCCCCUCAUGACGGUGAUCGGCAACCAUGAGCGGGACUGGCCAGGGUCGGGCGACCGCUUUGGCAUGGCCUACGACUCCGGGGGCGAGUGCGGCGUGCCCUACGCCGCGCGCACAGGGAUGCCGACGGCAGGGCCGGACCGCCCCUGGUACUCGUUCGACCACGGCCCGAUCCAUUUCCUGCAGUACAGCACAGAGCAUGCGUUUGAGGAGGGCUCGCCACAGCAUGCUUUCAUCGCUGAUGACCUGGCGGCCGUGGACCGAUGUCAGACCCCCUGGGUCAUCCUCGGGGGCCAUCGCCCGAUGUACAUCGACAGCACUUUUGACGCCGUGCGGCCAGACGGCGACCAGUACCUGGCGGCGGAGCUGCGCCGCGCGCUGGAGCCACUCCUCCUCCGGCACGGCGUGGAUGCGACGUGGCACGGCCAUCACCACAGCUACCAGCGCACCUGCCCCCUGGCGGGCGGGCGGUGCUUGGCGUCGGGGGAGGAUGGCGUGGCCGCCGGCCCUGUGCACAUUGUGCUAGGGCAUUCCGGCGCGUCGCUCACCCCCAACACGGAGCCGCAGCGGCCGCGGGAGUUUGUCAGCGUGCAGCUGCAGCAUGGGUAUGUGCGCGUCACUGCGAAUGCCACCCGGCUGGAGCAUGUCGUCGUUUCUUCUCGGGACGGCAGCGUCAUGGAUCGAUGGGUGCUGGAGAAGCCUGCAGGAUGGUGCGGCAGCCGCGGCGUCCUGCGGCAGGGAGAGGAGCGCGUGGCGGCGGCAUGGCCGUCCCUGGAAUUCAAAUCGCAGCACAGACUGCGGGGUUGCGACACCUUUUGA